AUGUUAUCGAAUCAUUUACAGAACGGGCUGGAAACGGCGAAGACGAUGUGGUCGCGGCUGCCGGCAGAAGAGGAGGAAGAGCGCGAAGGGUUGGUCUCCUCCAAGAAGAUGGACGACGGCUCUGUGGAGAGUCUCGACUAUGAAGUCAUUGAAAACUACGCUUAUCGAGAACAACAGGCCAAAAAAGGGAAGCUUUAUGUGGGGUAUUCAGUUGUGGUGAAGUGGUUGUUUGCUUUGCUUAUUGGUAUCGGAACUGGACUUGCGGCUGUUUUCAUCAAUAUCUCUGUUGAAAACUUUGCCGGGUGGAAAUACUCAUUGACCUUUCAAAUAAUUCAAAAGUCAUACUUUGCUGGAUUUCUUGUGUAUACGUUGAUCAAUGUGGCUCUAGUGCUCUCUUCUGUAUAUAUUGUCACACAAUUUGCCCCAGCGGCAGCAGGAUCUGGAAUUCCAGAAAUCAAGGGUUAUUUAAAUGGAAUUGACAUGCAUGGCGUCCUCCUCUUCAGAACUUUAAUUGGAAAGAUUUUUGGAAGCAUAGGUUCAGUGGGAGGUGGUCUAGCCCUUGGCAAAGAAGGUCCUCUUGUACAUACUGGCGCUUGUAUUGCUUCUUUGCUUGGACAAGGUGGAUCAGCAAAAUAUCAUUUGAGUUCAAGGUGGUUACAAGUUUUUAACAGUGAAAGGGAUCGUCGGGAUCUUGUAACCUGUGGAUGUGCAGCAGGAGUUGCUGCAGCAUUUAGAGCUCCAGUUGGUGGUGUGCUCUUUGCCCUUGAAGAAGUUACAUCUUGGUGGAGGAGUCAACUUAUGUGGCGUGUCUUCUUUACCUCUGCCAUUGUUGCUGUUGUUGUUCGUUCAGCAAUGGGAUGGUGCAAAAGUGGAAAGUGUGGUCAUUUUGGCUCUGGGGGCUUUAUUAUCUGGGACAUUUCUGGAGGUCAAGACGACUAUUCCGUUCAAGAAUUGCUGCCCAUGGCCAUUAUUGGUGUUGUUGGAGGUCUUCUUGGAGCACUGUUCAAUCAACUUACGCUAUUUAUAACCCACUGGCGUCGAAAUUAUUUGCACAAAAAAGGGAGUCGUGUGAAAAUCAUUGAAGUGUGUAUCAUCUCUGUGAUAACUUCAGUUAUUUCAUUUGGAUUGCCACUGUUCAGAAGAUGCACUCCUUGUCCUGAUUCUGAUGCCAACUCAGGCAUUGAAUGUCCACGUGCACCAGGAAUGUAUGGAAAUUAUGUAAAUUUCUAUUGCCAGAACAAGAGGGAGUACAAUGACCUUGCAACCUUAUUCUUCAACACUCAGGAUGAUGCUAUAAGAAACUUAUUUAGUGCGAAUACAGUCCAUGAAUUUAGUGCCCAAAGCCUUCUUACUUUUCUGGUCAUGUUUUACACCUUAGCGGUGAUGACUUUUGGUACUGCUGUUCCAGCUGGUCAGUUCGUUCCUGGCAUAAUGAUAGGUUCAACUUAUGGGCGUCUGGUUGGCAUGUUUGUUGUUAGGUUUUACAGGAAACUUGACAUUGAAGAGGGAACGUAUGCUCUGCUAGGUGCUGCAUCUUUUCUGGGAGGAUCAAUGCGCAUGACUGUGUCUCUUUGUGUCAUAAUGGUUGAAAUUUCAAACAAUUUGAAAUUCCUGCCUCUCAUCAUGCUUGUUCUGCUCAUAUCAAAGGCUGUUGGUGAUGCUUUCAAUGAAGGAUUGUACGAGGAACAGGCUAGAUUAAGGAGCAUUCCACUACUUGAAUCAAGACCAAAAUAUCAAAUGCGUUAUAUGACAGCAAAAGAGGCAUCUAGGAAUCAAAAGGCCAUCUACUUUCCCCGUGUUGUGAAGGUGGCAGAUAUAGUUUCAAUCUUGCAGAGUAAUAACCAUAAUGGUUUCCCUGUCAUUGAUCAUACAAGAAAUGGGGAGACACUAGUCAUUGGACUCAUACUACGAAGUCAUUUAUUGGUACUUCUGCAAUCCAAGGUUGAUUUUCAACAUAGCCCUUUGCCGUGUAAUGUAAGAGAUGGUUCUUUACCAAUCAGGCACAACCUUAGUGAGUUUGUAAAACCCGUCUCUAGUAAAGGAAUAUCUAUAGGUGAUAUUCAUCUCACUCAAGAUGACAUGGAAAUGUACAUUGACCUUGCUCCGUUUAUAAACCCAUCUCCAUACAUUGUGCCCGAAGACAUGUCAUUAACUAAGGUGUAUAAUCUAUUUCGCCAGUUGGGACUAAGACAUAUACUUGUUGUUCCACGUGCUUCUCGUGUAGUUGGUAUGAUUACACGUAAAGAUCUGCUACUGGAGGAGAAUAAUGAAUCAGACCCAGUAGAGCUCCAUUCCACUAGUGUAAGAGGUUGGGCAGCUAACAAGAGAGUCGUUACUAGGAUUGCAGAUGUUGGACAACCACUACUCGACAACGGGGUUCUGUAAAUUAGCUGUCUCGCCAAUUUACAGCAGGUUCUUUACCGAGGCCAGUUUUCACCAACUCCCUCAAUUUUUGGUUGUGAGAAAUCUUUACUUUUUGUUUUAGUUUAUGAGGAGGUUAUUACUUACAACGUAACAUAUAUUGUACAGCAAGCACACUUUAAUUUACCUUAGUUUUAGAGUGGUGCUUUUGGGAAGGAUUCAAAAACUACACAUUACAUGCAUAAUAGAUUCAUAGUUCCUUUUGUUAUUUGGUAUUGGUUAUUAUUAGAAUACUUUGUCCAUGCAGUAA